AUGCCUUCCUCUACAUCCACCAUCUCUACUCCAGUCCCCACUGAGUUAGAGUCACCAAAACAAGCCUCCGCCGCUCCCAAUGCUACCGUUGCCCAUAUCAAAUCCUUCGUCGCGGGUGGUGUUGGUGGACUGUGUGCCGUGAUUGUCGGCCACCCUUUUGAUUUGGUCAAAGUCCGGAUGCAGACCGCUGAAAAGGGUGUCUACUCGGGCGCUGUUGACGUCGUGAAGAAAACCAUUGCCCGGGAAGGCAUUGCCAGGGGGUUAUAUGCUGGUGUUUCCGCUCCGCUCGUUGGAGUGACUCCUAUGUUUGCCGUGAGCUUCUGGGGUUACGAUCUUGGGAAAACCCUUGUUCGCAAUUUUUCCACCGUCCCCGUUCAUAAUGGGACUCCCCAGUACUCCAUCUCCCAGAUAUCGGCUGCCGGCUUCUUCUCCGCCAUUCCUAUGACCCUGAUCACCGCUCCUUUCGAGCGUGUCAAGGUCCUCCUUCAGAUCCAGGGUCAAAACCCCCCUCCACCUGGCCAAAAACCCAAGUAUUCAGGUGGUAUUGAUGUUGUUCGACAGCUGUACAAAGAGGGUGGUGUCCGCAGCGUAUUCCGUGGAAGCGCAAUGACCUUGGCUCGUGAUGGCCCCGGUUCCGCUGCUUAUUUCGCCGCGUACGAGUAUAUUAAACGAAGCCUCACACCAAAGGAUGCCGACGGAAAUGUUACCGGUGAAUUGUCCCUGCCUGCCGUGAUCGCUGCUGGUGGCGCUGCUGGAAUUGCCAUGUGGAUUCCCGUGUUCCCAAUCGAUACAAUCAAAUCCAGGUUGCAAAGCGCAGAAGGACGACCUACCAUUGGUGGCACCAUUCGCGGGGUAUAUGCAAAGGGCGGACUUAAGGCCUUCUUCCCUGGUUUUGGACCUGCAUUGGCUAGAGCUGUACCCGCAAACGCAGCUACAUUCCUUGGGGUCGAGCUGGCUCACAAAGCCAUGGCCAAUAUGUUCUAA